GACUCUCCCGCCUCCUGCACGUGACACCGGAGCCCAGAAGCGCGCUCUACCUAAUCAAGACCCCACCCCUCUUUCCCUUUACUGGCAAUUGACAGCGACCUCGUGCAAUGGCCCUUCCGCCUCCACCAGGAGACUCUGCCCGUUGGUAGUGAAUGAACCAAUUAGACUGGGAAAAAAAGAAGCAACGCCCCAGGUUUCACUCCGGCUUGACAGACGCAAUUGAGGCCAUCCUUGAGUCCCUCCGCCCCCAAGUCCAGUAAUGCCAGCGAUGGACAGACCUUCUACCCAAUAGCACGCCCCUUUUCUGCCGUUGGGUCCCGCCUCCUUGAGGGCUAAGCCAAUGAGCGCUCCGGGUCUCGGCGGGGUGGAGGGGUUGCACUGCGGUAAUAUGGCUCUUCCUUAGCCAGCGGCGGCAACGGCGGCAGCGGCGGCGGCUACUGUCUGGACUGAGCAGUAGUGCCUCUCGGGUGGCGGGUUUCUAGGCUGCAGGGGCUUGGCAGGUGGUGGCAAGGGGGCGGCGGCGGAUGCCGGAAGAGCGCCCGCCCCGCCGCUUGGCGGCCCCUGGAUCGAGAUGAGCGCCUCCGCGUCGGUCGGGGGCCAGGUCCCCCAGCCACCCCCGGGCCCGGCCGCUGCUCUGCCUCCCGGUUCUGCCGCGCGGGCCCUGCAUGUGGAGCUGCCGUCUCAGCAGCGGCGUCUUCGACAUCUUCGGAACAUUGCUGCCCGGAAUAUUGUUAAUAGAAAUGGCCAUCAGCUCCUUGAUACCUACUUUACACUUCACUUGUGUAGUACUGAAAAGAUAUAUAAAGAAUUUUAUAGAAGUGAAGUGAUUAAGAAUUCCUUGAAUCCCACGUGGCGAAGUCUCGAUUUUGGAAUUAUGCCAGACCGUCUUGAUACAUCUGUGUCUUGUUUCGUGGUGAAGAUAUGGGGUGGAAAGGAGAACAUCUACCAGCUGUUGAUUGAAUGGAAAGUCUGUUUGGAUGGGCUGAAAUACUUGGGUCAGCAGAUUCAUGCCCGAAACCAAAAUGAAAUAAUUUUUGGGCUGAAUGAUGGAUACUAUGGUGCUCCAUUUGAACAUAAGGGUUAUUCAAAUGCUCAGAAGACUAUUCUUCUGCAGGUGGAUCAGAACUGUGUUCGCAAUUCUUAUGAUGUCUUCUCUUUGCUACGGCUUCAUAGAGCCCAGUGUGCAAUUAAACAGACUCAGGUAACUGUUCAGAAAAUUGGAAAGGAAAUUGAAGAAAAACUAAGACUCACAUCUACAAGCAAUGAACUGAAAAAAAAAAGUGAAUGCCUGCAGUUAAAAAUUUUGGUGCUUCAAAAUGAACUGGAACGGCAGAAGAAAGCUUUGGGACGGGAGGUGGCAUUACUGCAUAAGCAACAAAUUGCAUUACAAGACAAAGGAAGUGCAUUUUCAGCUGAGCACCUCAAACUUCAACUCCAGAAGGAAUCCCUAAAUGAGCUGAGGAAGGAGUGCACUGCAAAAAGAGAACUCUUCUUGAAGACUAAUGCUCAGUUGACAAUUCGUUGCAGGCAAUUACUCUCUGAGCUUUCCUACAUUUACCCUAUUGAUUUGAAUGAACAUAAGGAUUACUUUGUAUGCGGUGUCAAGUUGCCUAAUUCUGAGGACUUCCAAGCAAAAGAUGAUGGAAGCAUUGCUGUUGCCCUUGGUUAUACUGCACAUUUGGUCUCCAUGAUUUCCUUUUUCCUACAAGUGCCCCUCAGAUAUCCUAUAAUUCAUAAGGGGUCUAGAUCAACAAUCAAAGACAAUAUCAAUGACAAACUGACGGAAAAGGAGAGAGAGUUUCCACUGUAUCCAAAAGGAGGGGAGAAGUUGCAGUUUGAUUAUGGUGUCUAUCUUCUGAACAAAAAUAUAGCACAGCUAAGAUAUCAACAUGGACUAGGGACUCCAGACUUGCGGCAAACCCUUCCCAACCUGAAAAACUUCAUGGAGCAUGGACUAAUGGUCAGGUGCGACAGACAUCACACCUCCAGUGCAAUCCCUGUUCCUAAGAGACAAAGCUCCAUAUUUGGGGGUGCAGAUGUAGGCUUCUCUGGGGGGAUCCCUUCACCAGACAAAGGACAUCGAAAACGGGCCAGCUCUGAGAAUGAGAGACUUCAGUACAAAACCCCUCCUCCCAGUUACAACUCAGCACUAGCCCAGCCUGUGACCACCGUCCCCUCCGUGGGAGAGACCGAGAGAAAGAUAACAUCUCUAUCCUCCUCCUUGGAUACCUCCUUGGACUUCUCCAAAGAAAACAAGAAAAAAGGAGAGGAUCUAGUUGGCAGCUUAAACGGAGGCCACGCGAAUGUGCACCCUAGCCAAGAACAAGGAGAAGCCCUCUCCGGGCACCGGGCCACAGUCAAUGGCACUCUCCUACCCAGCGAGCAGGCCGGGUCCGCCAGUGUCCAGCUUCCAGGCGAGUUCCACCCAGUCUCAGAAGCUGAGCUCUGCUGUACUGUGGAGCAAGCAGAAGAAAUCAUCGGGCUGGAAGCCACAGGUUUCGCCUCAGGUGAUCAGCUGGAAGCAUUUAACUGCAUCCCAGUGGACAGUGCUGUGGCAGUAGAGUGUGACGAACAAGUUCUGGGAGAAUUUGAAGAGUUCUCCCGAAGGAUCUAUGCACUGAAUGAAAACGUAUCCAGCUUCCGCCGGCCGCGCAGGAGUUCCGAUAAGUGAAGUGAGCAGGUCAACAGUAGGACUGGGGCAGAAGCUCUGCCUAAAAUGAAGUGAAAGCUGCACUUAACCCUUUGUAAUAAUGAUGACACAAAAUGAAUAUUAAUGGAGGAUAUUCCUCGGAAAAACAGACUUUGGGAAUGAAGGAGGGACUCAGGAUCAUUGUUAUCAGUGGGCCAAAGUUAGAUUUUGCUUUCAAGAUUUGCUUUUCGGGCCUGAUGAUUUUAAAGCAAAAAUCACCCUCUAGUUGAAAGAGCUUACAGCUCGAGUCACCUUUUAGCUAUUUGUCUGCUUUUUAUUUACCCUUCUAUGUUAUCCUCAGAGGGAAGAUGAUAAUAUAUAAAUAAUAUAAUGAACACACCCUUAGUUUCUCAUAAGCAUUUGCCCUCACCAUGGUUUAUAAAACUUUGGGAAAACGGAAUAUUCAGAAAUAGGUUUCCGCCAUGUACUGAAAGGUCUGUGGCCAUCUGUGAGGUAGAUGAAGAGGCAGCAUAGUGGUCUCCUUACAUCUAGGCCUAUCUGUCCCUCUUCCUGCCCCCGGGUACCACAGUCCACCUUUAGACCCUACUGUCGCCCCAUCUUCUCCGUGGUUGGGCCAUGCGUCCUGAAAACAGGACAUCAGAUUCACUGGUUCUGUAACCCAGUAGCUGUGACGUUCCAUCUCUUCUAACCAGCCAUGGCCUUCCCCCUCCUCUGCCAUACCCUUAAUGUGGCCCUCAGAUUAGAUGAAAAACUUGCUUCUGGUGGAUCCCGAGGGACCCUCAAGGACCUCGAGGUUACUGCAGUCAGAUGCCAUCUCAUCCCCUGUGGGGGCCAAAGUCUUUAUGUGGGCAGAUGCUGUGGUCAGGAACUAGGCAUGCUUUCUGGCAAUGCACUCACCAGACAAAAAUCCCUUGAUGUAAAUCCCAUGUUAAUUUAUUAAAUUUCAGUCAGAAGGUCAGCAUUUACAUGACAGAAUGUAUGUAGAGAGUCGGGGUGUCUGGUAGGCAAACUGCAAGGCAGUUGAGAUAGUUGGAUUAAGAGGCUAGACGAGACAUAGAAUACUAUUGGUAUGUGUGCAAUUUCAUGAAUAUUAAAUUAUGUUUCGAAGUCCAGUUGUCAUUCCUGCAUUCAGAUUUCAUUUGCUGUUGCUUUAUACGUUACGUACCCAAGGACAUUGCCUCAGGGUUGCAAACUCUUUAAAGGAAAAUUUAUCCAUAUAUCCAUGUAUUAUAUAGAAGAAUAAAAAUUGAGUUUACUUCA